CCUCUUUAAGUAUUCUGGUAGAAGUUUAUACUCCACCAGCAUAAUAAAAGAUCUCCGCCAAAAUACUAUUCAGGCUGCAAAAACAGUUGCUUAAAUCCUAUUAGUAGGAUUUAAGAGUAGACCCAUGAAUCAAUGGGAUUGAUCUGAAUAUCAACUCACAUUUUGACAGCAGAUUCUACAGGUUUACUCUGUUUGGGACUAAUCAAUGGGAUUUGGCUAAUCACUUUCCACUCUAUAUACCUACAAUAAGAUCACAGUACAAUAAACCUCUGCUAUUUUCAUUUGUACGUGCUGCUCCAUUUCCUAUAAGAUUAAUUUCCCAAACCAAAUGAAACCAACCAGUGACCAAGCAAGUGAUUUUCUGCAUCAGAUGUUGUGAGAAACUACAGUUUUAAACUCCCCACAUAAUAAUGAGGUGAUGUUACACUAGGUGCUGUGGGGUAUUGUGAAGAUUUAAACUUCUCAAUCUCUUGUUAUUGAUAAACUCAGAGAGAAGGGGCAAAGAAACAGGAGGAGGGCUAUAGUUAGUAAGUAAAGAUGUGGACAAAUUCAUAUCAACGUGAUAAAUUAUUGAACUGAGUGGAUGAUCUAGGACUUGAUGGGGACCAAGUAUAAAGAGAUGAGUAGGGUACUUAUGACUUGAGGCAAAACAAGCAUACUUCCUAGGUUCUCACGGGAGGCUGGUGGAAAAUGAUUAAAACAUGAAGGGGAAGAAACAGAAUGUGUUUAUGUAUAAAAUGUAUGUUUGUAUAAAAGUAUCUCGUCUAGAAGUAUAACAUUUGAUUUCUGGAUCGUCAGUAAAAACUGUACCAAUGUAUGAGUAAAGGUAAAUUUAAGCCAAGCUAUGGCUAAUGAUAGUUUGUGCUCUGAUGAAGCAAGUGUUAGUGCCUGCCAGACCUCCUGGAGAUACGGAUAUUCCAUAAGUAGGUGCUGCAAUUAGAUUUUUGUAUAAUGUAGGUUAUGGUACAACACAAUUGUAGGGCACCGAAAAAUACUCCUUCAGCUGUUCUUUUUAUUCUGGCAGGUAUAUACUGAAAAAUUAUAUUCAAAGUGUCAAGAUUUCUUCCUUUUUCCCUUCUCAUCCACCCUCCUCUUUGCACAUUGACAAACCAGUCUCUGUUCAAAGUGGCACACAGAAUUCCGGAUCUGAUUUUAUGUUUGAAAUGUAUAUUUUUAAUUCAUAAUGUAUUUUAAUAGUUUUAACUUUUAUGUGCUGUUUUAUAUUGGUUUGUAUGGGCAUCUAAUUGUUGCCACUGUUGUAAGCCGCCUUGAGUCCCUUCGGGUGAGAAAGGCGGGAUAUAAAUGUGAGAAAUAAAUAAAUAAAUAGUUAGUACUUUCCUGAGAGGCCCCUCAACACUGGAUCUAGUCAUACUAUCAGGCCACAAUGAAGCUCUCAUAUGAAAUGGGAACGUAUCAUUUUUCACUGUUGCUAUGGAUUAUGCUUAAUUCUUCUGGCUCAAAAUACUCAGAUUAUAGCUGAGAGAGAGCUGAAUCCACUCUGAUUCUGAAAUAUAUGUCUUCUAAUUCUUUAGCAGCUGCUUAUUCAUAGUUCAAUGGAAGAACGAAAUCGCACAGCAGGAACUGACUUCAUCCUUCUGGGAUUUACAACAAACCCCAAACUACAACUCAUAUUGUUUGUAGUAUUUUUAAAUAUAUAUCUCCUCAGCCUGGUUGGGAACAUCACAUUAAUUGCACUAAUCUGUAACAGUUCUCGUCUCCAUACCCCUAUGUAUUUCUUUAUUGGGAACCUGUCCUUCCUGGACCUCUGGUAUUCCUCAGUGUAUACUCCAAAGAUCAUCAUGAACUGUAUCUCUGAUGACAAGAGCAUUUCCUUUGGAGGUUGUGCUGCCCAGUUCUUCUUCUCAGCUGGCUUCGCAUAUAGCGAAUGCUACCUUCUUGCAGCUAUGGCAUAUGACCGUUAUAUAGCCAUUGCCAACCCACUAGAAUAUACCACAGCUAUGUCCAACAAGGUCUGUAUGGGUUUGGUGGCCCUUUCCUAUCUGUUUGGUUUCAUGAAUGCCACAAUAAUGACUACUGAAACAUUCACCUUGAGCUUCUGUGAUGGAAAAGUCAUUGAUGACUUCUUCUGUGACUUACCACCAUUAGUCAAGUUAGCCUGUAAUGUUCCCAGGAGCUAUCAGUCUGUGUUGUACUUUAUCCUGGUCUUGAAUGUAAUCAGCCCCUCAGCCCUGAUCCUGGCCUCCUAUGCCUUCAUCCUAGCAGCUAUCUUGAGAAUCCGGUCCACUAAAGGGAGGCAGAAAGCCUUUUCCACCUGUGCAGCUCACCUGACUGCUGUCACUUUGUACUAUGGCUCCAUCCUCUUCAUUUACUCCCGUUCAAGUUCCAGCUACGCCUUGGAGAGGGACAAAGUGGUGUCUGUUUUCUAUACAGUUGUAUUCCCUAUGCUAAAUCCUCUCAUCUACAGCCUUAGGAACAAGGAGAUCAAAGAUGUCCUGAAGAAACUAAAUAUGAAAUGUAGAGGAACAUAA